AACUAUCGGCUCGUUCUUCCACUUGCUGAAGUCUUCACUAGGCACCGGUUUGCUGGCAAUGCCGAUGGCUUUCAAAUCGACAGGCCUUAUUCCUGGAGUUAUUGGGACCAUAUUUGUCGCAGUUGUAGCAACACAUUGCGUACAUAUUCUGGUGAAAACUUCAAGAAACCUUUGCAAAAUAUGUCGGAUACCUUCACUGAGUUACACUGCCACCUGUGAAUACGCCUUCAAACACGGCCCGAAGCAAUUAAGACAGUAUUCUACUUUUGUUAGGUAUUUCGCUGACAGUGCCAUGGCGGGCAUCUGUAUAGGCGGCACCAGUGUCUAUGUAUUAUUCAUAGCUACAUCGCUUCGUGACAUAUUGAAAAGCUUCUAUCCGGAUAACGUGCAUAGUAUACCGACGUACUGCUGGAUGCUGUUGUUACCACUAAUUCUGAUCACCCAGAUUAGAUACCUCAAGUUCUUAGAGCCCUUCUCUUUCUUCGCCAACAUUUGCCUGUUGACUACCUUCGGAAUCACCUGCUACUACAUCUUCUCGGACCUCAGACAAAGCACUGAUACUGAAUUGGCAACGAGCGUGACCAAUUGGCCCGUAUUUUUGAGCACAGCAAUCUUUGCCAUGGAAGGCAUCAACGUUGUAAUGCCAAUAGAGAACGAGAUGGCUGAUCCGGAGAAGUUCCUGGGAUGUCCAGGAGUGUUGAAUAUGACAAUGGUUUUAGUGGCGGCUCUAUAUGGCACUAUUGGGUUAGUCGGCUAUUUGAGAUACGGGAAACAAGUGGAAGAUAUAAUAACAUUGAAUUUGCCACGGGAUGAAAUUAUAGCGUUAUCAGCUAAGGUCUUGGUAGCAGUCGCCGUUUUCUUCACGUACUGCCUGCAGAUGUACGCUCCGAUGGACAUAAUAUGGACACGACUGCAAGACAGAGUGCCUCGAAAGUUCCAUAAUAUUGGACAGAUAUUUUUGCGAACCAUCAGUGUUACAAUAACAGUGCUUCUCGCCGCAGCUGUGCCCGAUUUAGGACUUCUUAUAAGCCUAGUAGGAGCCAUUUUCUUUUCAACCCUUGGGCUUCUGAUCCCAGUGGUAGUACAAACUGUGCAUCGAUGGGAGAGAGGAUUAGGGAAGUAUAAAUACAUGUUGUGGAAGAACGGGUUUUUGUUGUUAUUUUAUGUACUAGUUUUAGUUACAGGAUGUUAUACAUCAAUUAAAAAUAUAGUUGAUAAGUUUUCUUAG